GGAGAAGGUCACUGGUCUUGCUUUUCAGGUUUCUCAAUCCCAUAAGGUGUUUGUCUUCAACCGUUCUUGACUAUGUUAGUUCUCAUGCUUAUAAAUGCUUUUAAUCAUUCUUUGUUCAUACUUGCUUUUGGAAGUUGAUGCUAUUGCAGUAACCUUGGUGUUUGCAAAUUAGCUGUGCUUUAAUGUUUUGCUGUUUCUGAACUUCUUAGUGAAGCCAAAGUAAAGACUGAAUUGCUGCCCCAGACUUGUGCAAGGUGUUUGCCAUUAUUUUUUUUCUUGUUUUAACAAAAAAUUAAAAACUACUUCUGCAAAAGUACUUCAAAGCUUAUAUAUACAUGCACUAUAUAUAUAUAUGUAUAUAUAUAUAUAUAUGAAAUAUGCAUGCUAGUCUUUGUCUCCAUUUUGUCAUCAGUCUUCUUUGAAACCGUAUUUUUGAUGUUCAGGUUCCUUAUAAUACCACCAACCUUUAUUUCAUCUGUUCAUAUUCAGCAGAAUUUUGAUUAUAUCAGAAUUAGUUCUAGCUUUUAAGUAAAAAGACUUUAUUCUUUAUUACACCUUGCUCAGAUAAUUUCACCAAAUGUUCAGCCAACACAUUAUUACUGUUAGUCAGAAUGUAAAUUAGAGGCUGACGCACUUGCCUCAUCAGCUUACAAAUUAAGCAGUUAAUCAAUUUUGGUGCGAUAUUCCCCCAUGAGGUUUGUGUUGCUGACUCACAUAUGCUCAGUAUCUUUUCCCCUCAACAACAAGCAGCAGUGUAAAUGAAGCUUGCUCCCAGCUGAGCAUUUGCUGGUCACGGCAUUCCGAAUCCAUCACUCAGUAUAUCCUCCUGAUAGAUAUUAUUGUCUUAUUGCUUCUCGUUACCUCUUUCCUGAGCAUUGGAUGAAUACAAAGCAGACAAUUAUAUAUGCAUACUUAAAAGCAAAUAGUGAAGACAGCGGUACAGUAUUAUUCCUCAUGUUACUGUGGGAUGAACUGAGCGUGGAGCUUCUGCUUGCUUCUAAAUAUUUCAUACAAUACUUGGAAUAAAGAGCAGAUAUUUCUAUAACUUCUGUCUUCCAACAAAGUAUUGCAGUGUUCAGGUUUUUAGAAAAUAAUUUUACUGUUCAAAUCAUAGUGUAAACUUGAGAAGGAGGAGGGCAGCUUGGCCAGUGAACAGAAAUUUUAACUAUUUUUGAUGUCACAGAAAUCCCAGUUAUGGUUCUGACUGUUUACACAGCAAUCAGAAUCAGUGGAAUCACGAUUUUAUUCCUCACUUUCACUGUAGUCUUUAGUCAUUGUGUUUCUACUAUAUAUGGGGGCAAACAAAGUAUUCUAUAGUACAAACUUCCACAGACUUUUUAACUAGUAAAGAGCGAUCUUUGGAUUGUCUUUGUGUGAUUUUUUUCACUUAUUUGUUAUGCUGUUUUGGUUUUGUUUUGGGGUUUUUUUUUUAAUGAGAAAUGCUUAAUGUUCUUUGGCCUUGGACAAAUUUUAAUGAAAGUAAUAGAUUGUAAGAGUGAGGCCUCACCUACACUAUAUAUUUAGCCAUUAAACAUUAUGUUUUGUAGGUUAAUUGUUGUCCAUGCCUUUAUUUUAUCUUGAAUUCUGUCAACGGAAUUUUGAGUGUGGCAUAGCCUAAGAGGGAGAGCCAGUUCUCCUUCUUCCCCCAGUGAUAAAAUACCACAUUUCUUUGGCUGUGGCACUGCAGCUUGGUGUGAGGAAUUUCAUCAAAGCAGGAGUCCAGCCACACUUUAUCAAGCAUAUUAUCCACAGUUAAGGCCAUGGUGUGGAUUUGUUGGUUGUCUUUUUAAAGAAGUCAUCAUUUCCUUGAGACCCAAGGGCCAUUCUGACUAACUCUUGGUUUUCAGCCCUGAAAGUGUUUAAUCAGUUGGCUUAUUGAUUAAAACUUUCUGUGCUUUGCUUGCUUGCCAAAAGAAAAGUCCUUUAAAUUUUGCAUCUCCUGUUGUCUAAAUUAAAGUCUGGAUGUAAAUCAUCUCAUUUGUAGCUCUCCUCUGUAAGAUCCAGCUCUUCAGCUGACCACACGUUCAGCCUUUUCCUUUCUUCCUCUCUCUGUCUCUAGUGUCAUCUAGGAGUCUCUCAGCCCACUUCUAACAGUGUGUUAUUCUGGCUCCAUAGGCACAGUUCUGGCUGAAUGUUUUCAAACCCUCCUGAUAUUUCUCUGUCCAGAAAAAUAAUCCUGUCUUACUCCAGUCUGUAGCAAGGCAGGAAAAAGCAAAGAAUGAUGCAUGUUUGAAUUCUUGUAGAUACUCAGAGGAUGCAGAAGCAAUAUUGAUGUAUGCAACAAAUAUACAGGGGGACAAUGAUGGUUCUCAUGGUUCUUUGAGAGUGGGAAUAAAGUUUGUUCUCAUGCUUACUGUUACAGGAUGUGACUGGAUGAAUUGAUGAGACAGUGAGGUAGUAGUAUUACUUUUGCUGGCUCAUAAAGUUCAGCUUCAAAUUGUCUUCAGUUAAAUAAUAACUAAUAGUAACUCCUAUAUGAACAUGCACACUUUUUUCUGGUAACCAUAAUAUCUUUCUGAAGCAAUUCUGAAUCUGCAGCAGAGUGUGGAAAACUCAAAGUGAUUUUUUUCUUCUUUUUUAAGCUUUCGUUUGCAGACUUUCAGAUCUGAGAACAUCUUAUUUUUUGUCAAUGGAGAUGCAUGAGGGAGGAUUAAAGAGAAAUAUUUCUCUUCUAAUAUGUUUGAAAUAUGAGUGUGUGUGUGUUUUUUUUUCCCCUCUAUAGAACUAACAAGAAACAGACUGGGGAUGUUCCUACAAAAUGUAAGGUUGGCCAGAGAGAAACAAGGUGACGGAGGGAAUGUGUAUAAGUAUAAAAAAUUGUAAAUGGAGCAAAGAAGUUACUUUUAUUUCUCUUAUUUCUCUAUAAUCUAAAUGCUAGAUAUUGCUUGCUUUUGCUUCAUCAGGUUUUCCAUUUCCAGAUGUCAGUGCACGCAUUAGGUUCAUAAAGGCUUGAUGACUUUGCUAAGAGUCCUGCAUGGCCAGACAUGCAGCUGUCCAUUUUACCACUGUUAAAAUGAAGCAUAUCUUCCAUUUAAUUUUUAUUGUUGAAUAAGAUUAAAAUACCAUGAAAUGUGUAUCUUGUGAAGAUUAAGUAAAAUCCAGAUCUCCGAACUUAAACAAUAUGCCACAUGCAGAAGUAUUCACUUAAUUAUGCAAACAGACAUGCACUGUAUUGCAACAUUACUUAUGAAUUAUAACUUACAGUAUGCAAAAGUUGUUAUUUUUUAUUUCAUAGGAGGAAUGGUGCUGUAGUAUGCUUUUCGUGACUUACUCAGUGUUUUCUCUCUCCAAAAUCAAAAACCCUGUUUUUCUCUUACAACAUGCUUGUACUGUUUCACCUCUGCCCUUGAAAUUGUAACGUCGGGUGCAAACAGCAGAAGUAAUGGAGACUUUUGCUUUAAUCUAGUUAGUUGAUCUACCAAAAGCAAUUAUCCUUCUACAUUUUGCUGGGGCUGAGCUGCACUCUCUUGCUAUGGUUGGUGCAGCAGGUUCCAGCCAGCUGAGCCAGGGAAGACGCAAUUGCACUCAACUGCUGCAAACUGGCAUAGGAUUUUAGUGCCAUAGCAUCCAGAGAGAGCUGCACAUGCCUGUCACUUCUUUCUGAAAGUCCUGGGCUCUUAGAGUUUAGACUUUCACUUUGUAUCCCCCCACACUUCCUAACUUUCUGAAUGCAAACAGAAGGGAUUAGAAGACAGGAUUUGCAUGUCUUCCAUCUGCUAUCGCAAUGCAGUGAAUAACCCUAUACCUUCCAACCUGAAGUCAGAAGCGAAAAAGGCAGCUAAAAUAUUACGAGAAUUUACAGAAAUAACUUCCAGAAAUGGACCUGAUAAAAUCAUACCUCCCCAUGUGAUAGCUAAAGCCAAAGGCCUUGCAGUUUUGUCUGUUAUCAAAGCUGGAUUUUUGGUGACUGCUCGAGGUGGAAGUGGAAUUGUAUUAGCUCGUCUUCCUAAUGGCACCUGGUCUGCUCCUUCUGCAAUAGGAAUUGCUGGCCUUGGUGGUGGAUUUGAAAUUGGAAUUGAGGUUUCAGACUUAGUAAUAAUAUUGAAUCAUGAGAGAGCAGUAGAAGCUUUUGCCAAAGGAGGGAAUCUUACACUUGGAGGAAAUCUUACUGUGGCAAUUGGACCUCUGGGGAGAAAUUUAGAAGGGGAUGUUGCACUGAGAAGCUCUGCUGCUGUCUAUACAUAUUGCAAAUCUCGAGGACUGUUUGCAGGUGUAUCUCUGGAAGGAACCUGUUUAAUUGAAAGGAAAGAAACCAAUCGCAAGUUUUAUGGGCAAGAUAUACGUGCUAGUGCCAUCUUGUUGGGUGAUGUUCCUUUUCCUGCUCAAGCAGAAGAUCUUUAUGAAACUCUAGCAUCCUUCAUUGAAGUAUAUGAAAAUGAAGAGCAAAGAAAUAAUCCAGGAAAAGCUGUAAAUGACCCACCUGGUAGACCAUCAAGACCUGAACCACAUAAACCUUCUGUUAGGCCAACACCACCAGCUAAAAAGAAUUCAAACAAGCUUUAUCCUGAACUUCCAAGUGAUUAUGCCUCUCUGAGUAACUCUACAAGCAAUCCAGUAGAAGUAACAGCACUUUAUUCAUUUGAAGGACAACAGCCAGGUGACUUGACAUUCAAAGCUGGAGACAAAAUCAUAGUCACAACCAAAACAGGUUCACAGUUUGAUUGGUGGGAAGGAAGAAUAGGAGGACAAACUGGCAUCUUUCCAGCCAAUUAUGUUGCCAUAAGUAAUGACUAAAUCUAUACAGAAGAAAAUGUUGAAGCAACAACAAAUUUACACUGAAACAUAUAUUUUAACUUUUCAGAUUUUAGCUAAAUGAGGUUCUAGAUCCAGACUAUUCCAGCAUAACAUUGAAAUACAUUUAGUGGCCUUAGCUUUCCCUUAAGCUUAUUUCUUAAAUAAACAUUAGGUGAUGGUCAUUUUAUGGUGAAGUUUCACUUUUGAGCCAAGUUACUGUAUAAAAAGUACUCCCAUUUGUGUCUAGUUUCAGUUCUGUUGUGCUAUAUACAUUUAUUUUGCAAAUGAGGGAAAAGUUACAAAUAUUUUAAAACUAGAUGUGUCUCUGUAAUAAAUAUUCUGAAAUCUGCAUCAAGUUAUCUGAGUUGGAGUUCUUCACUUUUACUAAAUGUGCAGAUACUUUUUUGCAGGUAUGGCAUAGGAAUUUGCCUUCAUAUUAAAAGUACUUCUAGCAUUGCAGUUUUUCUUAGUAACUACUUUAGCUCUGGUCCCCAGUGUUUGUCAUUGUUAAACAUACAAAUAUCUUUCAGACAGCUCAGUAUCAGCUAAGCAGCUCAGCUUCUCUAAUAACUUCUCCUAUAUUGCCCUCAUCUUUGAAGAAUUUAAGCACUUCUAGAAGUUUGUUUAAUAAAAUGCAUGCCAGAAAAAGAUACAGUUUACAUGAUGUCUAUUGAUUCCUAUAGGAACUUGUUUUACAGAUGGGAAACACAACAAAGAACACCCCUCUGGUUCACAAAUGAGCUUAUAUAAUUCUUCCUGCUGCUUCUUAUUUAAGGUUGUUUGUUUUUGUUUUUUUUUAUAUAUAUUUGAUCUUGUUUAUCUUUAAUGAAGCAGUAACAUAGGGUAAAUUAUGAAUAAAUUAUUGGUAAGACAAUAUUUUUGUAGAAUAUAUGUACUAUUAGUAAUGUAUGUAGCACUGUAGCUCUCAGAUUUCAACUUCAUUCUGAGUACAGACCCCGAAGCUAGAUAAUUCCACAUGGAAAAAAAAUCACACUUCAGUUAUCCAGUAUAAGCUGAAGCAUCCAGUAGCAGAAUUGUGCUGUAGUACUUCAGUAGUUAUUUCCAGAACACUAGCUUGUUUUUUCAGCCAGCAUAGUUGCCUUUGUAUAGGAUUGUUAUAGCUUGUUAACUCAUCUCAAGUGUCUGCUUCCAUGAAACACAGAAUUUAUGAACUUGCACAUAAAAAGAUUUUAAGUGUAUAUUUUAUGAAUAAAAUCUUAUUAUUGUUUAUGUAAA